GAGUGUAGUGUAAUUUUCGUAUGCAAAACGUGCUCUUACAGGAGUUCUGCCUAUAGACGUCGCUACACUAGUUUUCAGUGAUGCCGAUUAGCUCAAAUCAUUGACCCACGCACAUUCUAGGCUAGGAUAAACCACAAAACGAUGGCACUGCUUGGCGCACAACUAGUAAUCACGCUAAUCAUGGUGAGCGUGAUACAGAAGCUGAGCCCACACUUUUCGUUGGCCAAAUGGAUACUCUGCUCCACGGGGUUGACGCGCUACCUGCAUCCGACGGACGAUGAGCUCCGGAAGCUGUCGGGUGUACCGCAGGAAAAGGGCAAAGGGAAAAAGGGCAAACGCAAUGGACACCACCAGACGAAUGGUGAAAGAUCGACAACGUUUCACAUUCCGCGCAGUUUGGACAUUCGGUUAGACACGAUUCCAAUCGCACCGUACGAUAUUGUGCAUUUACGCUUCUACACCGAGUACCAGUGGCUGGUCGAUUUUAGCUUGUAUUCCGUCAUCGUUUAUACCAUUUCCGAGGUUUACCAUUUCUUCUAUCCGCUGAAAGAGGAAAUCAAUCUCAGCAUGGUAUGGUGCCUUCUGGUUGUGUUUUUCGCCUUCAAACUGCUUGCCUCUCUUACGGUGCAAUACUUUAGGAGUGAAGAAUCGAUCGGUGAACGAUCCACCUGCAUCGUCACGGGACUAGCUUACCUGCUGAUCGCGAUGAUCAUUCUGAUCGUGCCAGAGCACACACUGGAAGUCGGUCUGGAUAAGGCAUAUCACAGCUUCAACACCAGCGCGUCAAGUUUCCUCGAGGGACAGGGGCUUAAUUCCUCUGGUCCUGCUUCUAAGAUUGUGGUAAAGUUCUUCAUUGCCGUAAGCUGUGGCAUCCUAGGAGCACUGUUCACCUUCCCCGGGUUGCGUAUGGCCCGAAUGCACUGGGAUUCCUUGAAGUUCUGCAAUGAUCGAUUGUGGUUGAAGCUGUUGCUGAACGUUAGCUUCGCGAUGCCAUUCCUGCUGGUUAUCCUGUGGGUCAAACCUCUUGCCCGGGAUUAUCUUACGGCACGCGUUUUCUCCGGCAUGAGCUCACCAAUCCUGUCGACGGAAGCGUUCGAAACGAUCCGUCUCGGAGCGGUGGUGAUUGCGGUCAUUUUGCGCUUCCUACUGAUGCCCGUCUACCUGCAGGCCUACCUCAACCUUGCGCACGACCGUGUGGAGGAUCAGAAGAAGGAAGCGGGUCGCAUAACGAAUGUGGAGCUGCAGAAGAAAAUAACAUCCAUCUUCUACUACCUUUGCGUCGUGACGCUCCAGUACGUGGCACCAAUCUUGAUGUGCUUGUUCUUCGCCCUCAUGUACAAAACGCUCGGCGAGUACACGUGGAGCGGUGUGCUCAAGGAGUCGCUUCCACUGGACGAGUGUUCCUCCGAUUUGGAGUACGAAAAGUCGCUGCUUGCCACGAUGGCCAACGAACGGGCGGCCAGCGAAGCGCACGAAUUUCAAUCCAUAACCCCGGAAGGCGAACAGCUACCGGUGGAAGACAACAUACUCACCACUGCCCAAAGUUUCCAGCUGUCGCUGCAGAGUUUAAAGUCUGUUUUCACCAAAGAUGUGUACCGUGGGCUGUUUGGGUUCGCAACGUGGUGGAGUUGCUUUAUCUGGUUCGCGGCCAGCUCACUCGGUAUGGUUUAUCAGUCGUACUUUACCAAAUUGUGAGUCAAUACUCGUCCACUAGUGCACGCGGAUCGGGCGAAUGUAGCGAUGUAAAUAGUGAUCGAGAAGGAAAACCGAUAACCACCACUCCCAUCCCAGUCAUGUAAUCGUCGCUCCACUUUUGUUUUACGCUAGAAAUGCAUUUCCAGGCGAGCAUUUCUUUCUACCCAUCGUCAGAUCAGAGAUUAGUGUUAAUUUUCCAUUUGUGCAUUAACGUUUGGUUUUGUGUUUUACAUAGAAUUUUGUCUCACGCCGACACUAGCGCACAUUGUGUUUGUAGUUUUGUUUUCGUUGUUUUGCUUACAUUUAUAAUUUUGUUUCUUUUUCACCCGUUGCUUCGACCGCAAAGUGAGUCAUACGGUGAAAGGGCCAUUAGAGGGUAGAAAAGAUUUCACAGAAACUGUCAAUAAAAAAAAACA